CCAGAGUGCUUGCCGCUGCGCGGUGCGUUUUGCGCAAGCGCGACUCUUUUGAAUCCUCCUUUGCGCCUGUUUAUUUAGGACCUAGUUUGAAGUGCGGAACCCGAGGCUCCUGGGCUGCCGCCUCCGUCCGGAAUCUGACUCAAGGCGGACGACUUUUUUCUUGACCCUCCUGGAACCCUGGCCUGCUGGGGUUUCUCUCCCUGGCCUCAGCUGGGCUUUGUGGGCCGGAAACAUGGCCUCCUUUCAUCUGGAUCAUCUAAAGAAUUACCACAGAAGAUUUUGCCGGCCUUCCAGAGUACCCAACAUUCGUGGAAAGCAAGGCCAGAAUGUGCUGGAAGUCUUACAAGACUGUUUUGAUGAACAAAGUUCUACAGAGUCACUGCUUUCUUUCACACCUAAAGUGAAAGAUAAUCGCAAUCAGUCAGCAAGCAACGAGUGCCAGGUAUCACAUUCACCAUCAGUUCCAGUUUCUUCAGGGAGGAAAGAAGCUCCUCCACAAGUUACUGCAGAACCAAGUGAAGUCGCUUUUGGAUCAGUUCAGGCUAAUGAAGUUCAUCAGAAAAUUCCGACUACUGGUGUUUCUGAAAUUCCAGCGGACUCAAACAGCAUGUCAAGUGAAAAAACAAAUGGAUCCCACAGUGCCACCAAGGAUCACCUUUACUUACCUGGUGGCUCCCCUGUUGUUCCUUUGUAUGAAAAAAUGUCUGAGUCGCAGAAUGUUAUUUCAUCUCUCAGCCAAAAGAGAGGGGCUUACAACUUAAGAAAUUCAAUAGAUACUAAAUCUUCAUAUACAGACAUUUCUCUUAAAACCAGGAAAAGGUUAAACUUUGAAGGUAAAGAUAGUUUGAACAAAGCAGAAGUAGAGAAUAAUGUAUUAGAAGUAUCAGAAGGACAAGAAGGGACAUCGUCAGAAACAUCUCAGAAAAGAGCACAAGAUUUGACCUAUGAAAUUCAACCACAGUCUAGAAAGAGUUUUUCAGCAUUGUAUUUAGAAACUGUUAAGAGGAAAAGUGAAUCCAGUUCCGGUGUUAGGCACACAGCAGCAAUUUCACCUCACUCAUCUCCAAAGGCCAAGACGUUAUUAGAAGAUGAAUUUAUUAUUGAAGAAUCGGGGAGAAGUUUUGAAAGUCAACCUUGGGUGAAAAUUCCAAGGAAAGACAGACAUCAGAGUCACCACUUACCAUCUCCUGGAAACACUGUAGCUUCUAAAGAUAAGAAGCCAGGAGAAAAACCUCAUAGUGUGUCAGCUACGUCUUUGAUAAAUGACACACAGUUUAAUAAGUCUCCCCCAAUAGAGAAAUCUCAUCCCUCUGUUGAAAAAAUCCUGGGGACUAGUUCUACAGAUGAAUUGGAAAAUGACUAUAGGUCUACAGAAAAUAAAAUACAUUCUGAGAAUGCCCAAAAACCAUCUGGAAGCAAAAGGACUAUAAGACAGAAGCAGAAAAGAGUAUCAAAGCCUAAAGUAGUUGAAGAGCAACUUGAUAUGGGACAGGGUAUAAAGAAAAAGAGAAAUAUGUCAAAUACUGACAAGUUACAACUAAAUUCAAAAAGAAAUAUGGAAGACUGUGAAGAGGCAAGAAAUAAAUCUAUUCCCGAGAAGCAGAUAUCCCCUGUUGAAAAGAAAAAGAAAAAGCAUAGCACCCAAAAAGAUGUGGAAGAAUCCAGGAAGAAAUGUUUUUCUGGUGGUUCCAAGGACAAAUGUAUGCCUGAACAAGGGCAAGAGAUUAACAGAAGUAAGAGAAUUUCUCGUCGUCCAUCUGAGUGGUGGCUGGUAAAACCAGAGGAAGGUUCUAUUGAUAGAAGCUUUUCAAGAGAAAGUAAAUUAUCAGUGGUGCAUCACAAUGGAAAAAAGCGGGCUAGAAAAAGUCAGUUAUCUAAGAAUACUGGGAAAAAACCUUCUCCAUCAAAAAGACGGAAGACAGAGAGCAGCUCAAGAGUACAGAAGUCUUUAAACGCUAAGGGUUCUAGAAGAAGUGUUAGUCAUGAUGAAAUUUCUGAUUCCCAGAGUGAGCCAUUGGAAAACGAGGCAGACCCAACUCAGAAGAAAAGUCUUGAUAUUUCUGGACCUACAGGAGGCUCUAAGUAUCAAAACAGUGUUAUUACUUCACAGAAUGCUCAUUUAAAGUCUCAUACUGGGAAAUAUACACGUAAAUCAUCUAUGAAAUCUAAUUCCAAUGCAAGAGAGCCUAAAAAUUCAAUUUGGGAAGAAAGUGGACCUUCUAGGUUCAAGGAUCAUGUAAUGUCUAGAAGCAAUAAUUCUGACAUGGGUGAUGAAAAGGAUCAGGAGAGUUUGGAUUUAAGAAUAAGAAGUUCUAAUAUACUUCCAGAUAGUAAUAUACAUCACAAAUUAGUACUGCCCUCCAAUUCACCAAAUGUUCGUAGAACAAAGAGAAUACGUUUGAAACCUCUCGAAUAUUGGCGAGGGGAACGGAUAGAUUAUCAAGAAAGGCCGUCAGGAAGAACUGUGAUUGGAAUAGUAUCCCCACGUCCAGUAUCUUCCCCCAAAAAGGCAAAAAGAAACCUGGACAAAGUCAACAAAAAAGCCAACAAGAAACGGAUCCGUCGUGAUAACCAUGAAAAGGAUAGGUUAGUGGUGAAUCUGGAUAAACCCCUAGGAAAUCCCUUUGAGGCAACAUUGGCAAAGGACCCAGAAACAAGAGAGAUUGUCCCUAUGGAUCUUAUAAGGCCACGAGAUACAUACCAAUUUUUUGUGGAGCAACAUGGUUUAAAAGUUUUUAAAACGUUGGAUACAGCAGUCUUUUCUACUGGAAAAUUAAUUUUAGGACCCUAUGAAGAAAAAGGAAAGCAGCAUGUUGGCCAAGAUAUAUUGGGCAGAAGAUAGCCAGGCUGGAAGGGAUAUAUAUAGAGAGAAGGCAGAGUCCAGGAGACUCCAUGUAGCUGCCAAAGGAGAAGGACCCACAACCUUUCCAGUAAGUCCUCAUGGCAGUACACAGAAGAAUAGAAAUGGGUUAAUUUAAGAUAUAAGAGUUAGCCAGGAAUAUGCCUAAGCUAUUGGCUAAGCAGUGUUGUAAUUAAUACAAUUUCUACAUGAUUAUUUGGGUCUGAGCAGUUGAGAAAUGAAAGAGCAGUCUCCUACUCAUAUCUUAUGUGUGGUUCAUCAUUCCUGUUGAGAAGUGUGUUAUUCAAAAAACAUGUAAUCAUUGAAGGACAUGUAUAACAUUUUUCUUUUUUAGUAAAGUUUACUUGUAAGAUUAAGUACUGAAUUUUCAUGACAUUGAAUGAACAAAAUUGAAUUCAUAAUAGUUUUCUGUUAUAGAUCUAACAAAAUACAACAUACUAGUGACUUAAAGUAGUGACCUUUAAUUAUCUUAUUUUGCCUAGUUAUACAUUUGGUAGACUUGGCUGUAUAGUUUAUUCAGAGUAUCAAGGGUUUGGAAUUAAGAUAUUGACAGGUUUGCUUCCUUUUCUAAGGAUGAACCUGUUUAUUUCCUCCCAGAUUUAUUGAUAUUGUUGGGAGAAUUCAGUUCCCAUGUGACUAUAGAACUGACGUUUUCAUUUUUUAUUUGGAGAUUGGCAGCUUUUUGUUCCUUGACUUGUGCCCCCUUCUCCUUACCACCAGCAAGAGUACAAAAACCUUAAGUUUAAAAUUGCUUUUUCUGCCUCAUUUUCUUCUCUCUCUCUCUCUCUCUCUCUCUCUCUCUCUCUCUCUCUGUGUGUGUGUGUGUGUGUGUCUUGGAUGUGUUUGUAUGGGGAUCGGUGGGUGGUAUGGGUGAGUUCAUCUUUGAGGGUUUGUGUGUUUAGAUUUGGUUCAGAUGAAAUUAAAACGUACUCUCCGUCUCAAGGUUCUGUUGAUACAUAGGAUGUAUUUCCAGGUUCUGGAGAUUAGAAUACAGACAUCCAUGAGGAGUCAUUAUUUUUCAUGUUGUAUUUCAUUUAAAAAUUUCUGUAGCAUAAUUGUUGUGGUU